AUGGAUCCAGCCUCCUCUUCCGUUACAUUUCUCGUCUCCAGGUUGAACCAGUUCAUCAAUUUCGGUAUCAUGAACCACUCCACGAGUCCACCGAGUUUGAAGACAUUGAGAGUGCAGUUUGAAAUCCAGCCUUGGCGUGGCCCCACGCAAUCUCUAGACCGCCAAGGUGCAGAUUCCAAAUGUGUGAGACGAGACGUGCCGCCGCCAAGAAAACGGUGGUUUUGUGACAAUGUCGAAUCCGGGGUAGACCUUAAGCUCUCUUAUUUUAAUUUAAGUCUCUAUCCUCGUCACGAUUCACACGACUCGAUGGCCGCCGACUUUACUCUCCACUCCGACACCUCGUCGUCCUCCUCGUCAUCCCACGCUGGUAUGGACAUGUCCUCUAGCGACAGCACCAUGAGCAUGAGCAUGGCCAGUAUGACCUUCCACACGUCUAUCUCGGACGCCCUCUACUCUACCGCCUGGACUCCCAAGACGCAAGGCCAAUACGCCGGCACCAUAAUUUUCCUCAUCUUUCUCGCCUUAUUUUAUCGCUUUCUGGUCGCCUACCGUAGCGUAUUAGAGCACCGGUGGUCAAAGUUAGAUUCAGAGAGGAAGGUACUGGUUGCUGUAUCGUCGUCGCAAUCUCAGGAUAGUGGUAUAGGAAACCCUAAAGAGAAUGUAGUAGUGGCGGAGAAGAAUGAGAAGGGUUUGUGGGCGGCGAAACCAUGGAGAUGGAGUGUCGACCUGCCGCGCUCAGGAUUGGCGGUGCUAGUCUCUGGUGUGGGAUACUUACUAAUGUUGGCGGUAAUGACCUUCAAUGUAGGAUAUUUUAUGGCUGUUCUCGGUGGGAUAUUCGUGGGUGAACUGGCAUGGGGCCGCUGGAUCAAGGGUGGGGACCAUUAG